UGCACUAACCUUCUUGGAACCCUUGUUGAUUUCUCUCACAAGAAAAUCCGCCAUGUGUCCGUCUUGCAGCAAAACAAAGAAACUGUGGCGCUGUCGUAAAUCUUUGUAUUUCUAACAUGUCGUCGAUGUAGAAACAAAUGGCGAGUCAAAUUUUACGCGGGAUCUCGAAGCGAUCGUAUGUCGAGGUGCUACUGUAAUUUGAUUAUUAUUAUCCUAAUUUUCAUUUUGUGGUUCUCCAUCCACAGGAACAAAUCCAACCUUGCACUCAGUAAAUGUCCAAAUUUAUAACCUAAACAAAGGCAAUCUGUAGUGAACUCUCGAGCGGACAUUUUUAAAGCAAUUUCUAGUGAACAAUUCAUGUGAUACCUUUUACAAAUCAAAGAAGAACAUUUUUUCCCUCUCAUUUAAAAUUAUCUUUAAUUAAUGUAAUGAAGAGAAAUAUUGUUGAUACCUCAAUUGCGAACAGUUUUUUUUGCAUAUCUCGAAAACUGUAGAGGUUUUAUUUGUAGGAGUGAUCAGCUGUGUCAGACACACUAACAAUCGUUUUAGUAAUCAAUUUACCUUUGUAUUAUAUUUUUCCCAUUAAUGGAUGGAUCAGUUUUGGUUUUUUUAAAUACAUCUCUUUAUUUUAAAAAAACAAAACAAAAAAAACCCGAACUAUUUUCCCAAAUGAUAGUGCAGAAAUUGCACCAACAUAAUUUUAAUGAUUCAGAUCAAUUUUUUUUUUAAAUUGCAAAAAUGUUGAUCAUGCUUCUAAAAUACAUGUGAAAAAUGCCAUAUUUCAAUUCAAAACUGCCUUCAUGGAAGACUAGAGAAAUUAGAGAGGCUGGAAUUCAGAGGAUUUUGAGAAUUUUAAACCAAAACAUCGCCAAGCUAUUAAUUAGUCUGCGCCUUCAUUUUCGCUUAAUCGAUUAAUUGUUGCGAUUCUCCUGUGAAUCCAAGCUUUCAUUUAUUCUUCAGGGUGGCAUAGAUUGGUAGUAGAUUAGUUGUCUCCCAACCCAAAGGUUAUUGGCUCAAACCCCUUCCUUGUUGACCAUGUCAAAGCAUCCUUGAGCAAGAUACUGAACCCUAUGUUGCUUCUGAUGUAGUGUCAUCAGUAGGUGAAUGAGGCAACAGUGCCAAAGCACUUUGAGUGCCUUGAAGGUGUAAAAGCGCUAUACAAGUAAAAGCCCAAGCAAAACCGUAAGCCCAUUUAUUGUCAACUGGCCGCAGAGCCCAUCGCUGCUAGCUUUUAAUAUAAAGAGGCACUGUUACGCCUCUGCGGGCGCCUGCAUGGAUACAUUAACGAAGAGGCGACAAUGAAAGGGUCAAACACUGCCCAAUUCGCACCCUGCUUCAGUCAACACUGGACAGUCGGGCACAUUCACACACACACGCCACCACUGUUUGCAGACCUGAAAGACAAGCAUUGUCACAUCAGUACGCACACACACACCACCAACCCUUUAACCUUCAGAAAAUAGUAUGCAAAAUAUGCAGAUGCUGAUCCCACACUGGCACACAGAUUCAAGCACGUGGCGGCUGGCCGGGGUUAUAUAAACAAGUCGCAAGACAGAUAACGGACAGUCGGAUGCGAUUAACACUGACACCUCUUUGGGAUUAUCACCGUGUUUAAAGAUUAGCUGGCAAAGACGUCAUCUGAAAGUUUGUGGAGAAGAAGCGACUCCUCGGAUCAAACAGCGGAUUGGAAGGAAGAGCGGAUAAACUGUAUGAGGAGAUCAAUUUGAAGAGACUUUUUUUUUGUACCUAGUCAGCGCUGUAGAGGGUAGAUCGGUGGCUAUCCACUCGGUGUAUUUUACUCUUUGACUGUUGUUGGCUGUUAGAGCUCAUUGUGUUUGCUGCGGCAUGCAGAGCAGGAAGAUGCGGGCCGUGUUCAGGGUACUAACGCUUUAUGCCAUGACGGGUAAUGCUCAGUGAGUUGUGCAGUUGCGCUCACAGGGUAGAAAAAGUUUAAGCUUUGCACUGUCAGGCAUAUAGAAGAGCAGGCUUCUAGGUCAAAUACAUCUGACGGUUUGUGUUUAUUCAGUCUACUGUUUAGUCUUUUAGAUUUGCACAAAUUCGCAAAAGACUCCCCAAGAGGCUUUUGCUCUUCCACCCCGAAUCUGAUUUUAUUUAACCUCGUGCUCUCUGCAGAUGAGCUGCAGUGAGACACCGUGUCUCCAGAGACACGGCCGUUUGGGUUAGUGUCUGAAAGGAACGCAGACUUGUUCCUGCAGAAUCAUCCCUGCCGAUUGGAAAAACGGGGCGUGUUCAUUGUUGCCCCAGAUUCUUCAGUCCUCCGGGGCGCUGCGAUGCAUUCAUCUGCAGUUCGAAAGUUUGCAUUCAGGCAACGUCUACGUAGAUAAAAACCUGCCUCUGCUGGAAUAUUUCUUGAUGUUUGUACCGAACUAGCUCAGUACAGGUUGGACCGAAGUUUACAGUCAGAGUUCCUUUUAAUGGCAUAGAAAGUUGUUUAAGUCGUAUGUCCCUUAUUUAAAAAAAAAAAAAAAAAAAAAGAAAAAGAAAAUUUCUAAGUCGGCUCAGCUGUUAUUAUUGUCUGGCUAACUUUAUACAUUGUUCUGACGUAGCACAACCUUGUCAUUAUAGCUCAUGUUUACCUCCUGCUGAGCUAGUUUCAGAAGCCCAGCCGUGCACAUGCAGGCAGCAGUGCUGUUAAGUGCGAAUUAGUGUGCAUUUUUUUGUGUGUCAACUUGUUAGUCUACAGCAGAGCAGUCAGGGUCACAGAGGAACCAUUGAUUCUAAAGUGCACAUCAAUACACAAUGAGGCCCGCUCGGAGCUCUGUCUUCAGACGGCGCCGCUGCCCCCCGAAUCCCCUCUCGCUGGUCCUACGCAGCCUGGUCCUGGUCCCGCUCCUUCUGGGCUUUGCUCCUUGUUGUCAGGCAGUGCAGGCAGAAAAUGUCACCGUCUUGGAGGGUGGCACGGCCCAGAUUUCCUGUCGGCUGCAGAACUACGACGGAUCCAUUGUGGUCAUCCAAAACCCUCGCCGGCAGACGCUCUUCUUCAAUGGAACGCGCGCCCUGAAGGAUGACCGCUUCCAGAUGGUCCUUUUCACGCAGCGACUGGUCCGCAUCACGCUGACCAAUGUGAGCGUCUCGGACGAGGGCGGCUAUUUCUGCCAGCUCUACACGGACGCCACGCACCACCAGGUGGCCACGUUGGCCGUCCUGGUUCCUCCGGAGACGCCCGUUGUGGAGGUCAAGCAGGAGGCCGUUGAGGGUGCCGAAGCGGAGCUCAGCUGCGUGUCGCAGCGCAGCAAGCCUGCCGCCACCCUGCGUUGGAUGCGCAAUGGCCGAGAGAUUCCAGGUGUCGUCUCCCAGCAGGACAAUGGCAAGACCGUCAGCGUAUCGAGCACCAUCCGCAUCCCUGUCGAGAGGAAGGACAACGGAGCAGCAUUGAGCUGCGAAGCGUUCCACCCGGCGCUGGGCAACCUAAAGAGGAUCAGACACUACCGCCUGGAUGUGUUCUUUGCACCAACCGUGAGGAUCAUCCCUCCUCCUGGCAUUUUGCGAGAAGGCGACUCGCUGAUCCUGUCUUGCUCUGUCGUCGCCAACCCUCUACCUAGGUCCAUCCAUUGGUCCAAGAUCAAUGACACCUUACCCGAGCGGGCCGAGAUCUCCGGGCCCACCUUCCAGAUUUCCCGCCUGAGCCAGUCUCAUAACGGCACAUACCUGUGUCAGGCGCAAAACAACUACGGGCGAGCUGCUGAUCACUACACCCUGCUGGUCUACGAUAAUGUGACAUUCCCAAGCAUGGCCCCUUCCCCCCCAACUUCCCAUCCCAUCGUCACCCCAUCCCUCCCAUUGGACCUGAAAGAUCCCGGUGCAGUGGUGGAGACUCAUAGCGCCGUACCCUACGCGGUGAUCGGAGGCGUUCUGGCUCUACUGGUUUUCACCGUAAUUUGCGUGCUCAUCGUGACCAUCUGGUGCUCUGUGCGCCAAAAAGGCUCGUACCGCACCCGAGAGCCCAUUCUUGCCUGGUACUGACCCAAACCACUAAAACUAAUGAAUUAACCCAUCAGGCUCCUACCUUACCCACGAGGCCAGCGGCUUGGACGAACACGGCGAAGUGCAGGAGGCCUUCCUCAACGGCAAUGAUGCCAGCCAGGGCAAGAAGGAGUACCUACUGUAGCCCUCUCGUCAUUCUCUGACCUCAUCCCUGUGCCCCCCCCCCCCCCCCCCCCCAAAUCCCACAUCAUAUAUACAUACAGUACAUACAUACACGCGCACACACUUUGGAAAUUAACUAUAUACACAAAAGCCAACCCACAUUUUAAAUAGAAUGAGACCGUAGAGAGCCAUUUGAGGCUACACAAAAUGCUUUCUGUACAUCCGAGAUGGUAAAAGGAGUCUAACAAUAGUAAAUGGUUUGGUGUUCUUUCACAAAGAUACUUUCAAGAAGCGCAGGGCUGAAUAAUAAGUGGCAGAUAAUGGCAGUAAUUUCGCAGCCAAUUUUAAAAGCAUCCCUAUUGUGUGUUAUUUAACAUUGGGUUGCUAACCAAGAAGUGAGUCUUUUGACUUAGAUCGACACAACGGAAGUGUUGUAAAUUGUGGGAGGGGAAAAAAAAAUCCUAAUUCAGUGGUGCCUUGAGUUAGGAGUGAGCCAACUUUCAGGUUUUGGAAGAUACAAGCCGUUGUUCGAGCAAAAAUUCAAGAUGUGAGCACUGUAGGGCAGGGGUCCCCAACCUUUUUUGCACCAAGGAGCGGUGUGAUUGGGGUCAUUUUUUCACGGACCGGUGUUCUAUCAAAUUUUGCACCCUUAUAAAAUUUUGCUCCUAAAGCUUUUGUGGCGGUGAAAAAAAGCCCUCUAUCAUACAUCAACAUACAUGUGCAGCACGAAAAUGGCGUAAAUUAAUGCUUAACGACACGACGAAGUCGUUAAGUGAGAGAGCUUCGUGCAGUUGUUGUGUGCGGCUAACAUGGCAAACGUAAGUUAAUAUUCCUUUCUUUAAAGAAAGUUUGUAGUGUGUACUUUGGAAUCACUGCAUUCGUGGUCAUUUUUAACCUUACGCGCAUGCCAAAUCUGUCAGAACACCGGCAAUGUGCAGCAGAAAAAUACAGCAAAUAUAAAAUAACAUUUGUUUUUAGCCCCGUCGUGUUAAGUGCAGGGAAAAUACAACUCACCCACUGAAUUAGUGGGAGGCCUGAGCUUGUUUCGUUUAGACGAGAUGGUCCUGAAAUGGGAGAGUGAGAGAAGCCCGCUUCACAAAGAUACGAUGUUGGAAAUUGGAGCACAGUUUUCAAUGCUCUCCUAGCGAUGUCAGAAUUUUCCGAAAUGACUUUAAUCCAGAACCUCGGUAGAGUUGUUGUCUCAAAUGUACGUUUAAGGUCGCCGUGAUUUGUGAUCUCUACAAGCUGAUAUUCCUGUUGCACAGACAUGUUCGAAUCACUCGGGUUAUUCACAUACGGGUUACGAAUCCAGUCCUUCGCAGUUCGUGGGUCUUUAGUGAUUGGGAAGUACCAUAGAUUCUGUUUUCUUCGAGGUUGUAGGCUCAUCUUCUGGCUCGUCAGGUGCCCUUUUCCCCGUAAAAAAUCUGUCCAAAGACGUCUGUUUUUCAGUCAUUCUAGUGUGGGGGCUAAUUAUUUCCGGGAACAAAUGUGAUGCGCCCGCCCUACGUCAUACAUCAUUAUCGAGGACAAGCGCACAUAGAUAUGGCGGAAAACACUCAGGUGACUUGAAGUUCCGCUCUGAGACCCCCAAUUUUCAUCACUGUCCGAUAUGCACGUGUGAUACAUCAUUGGAAAGCUUAAAAUUUUCUGGGGAAGAACAUUUUUGGGCAUUUUUUUUUUUUUUUUAAUGUUUUUUAAACAGCAAAACCCUAUCUGGAGGUGAGAGCACGCGAGAGCAGAAUUACAGACGCCACGAAUUUAACGAGAUAAUAUCGCGUACUUACCUUGUUUCGAUCCAAAAACUCCAUGUCGCAUGUAUCACUCAGUGUCAAGACACAGCUUUGAAUGGCCACAGCUGGAUUUUGGGGGGAUUUUAUGGGUGAAACAUGGUAAUAUAACAAUGGUCGUAAUGCAGAAAUCGCAGACAUCAAGGAGUAAUCAAGAUUUUCAUAUAUUUACCCUUUUAAACGUUUUGUUUUUUUUUUUCUUCAAUUUUUCUUUGUUUGGAUCGAUUAUUUAUCAUCUAAGAUAUCAGGGAAAAUGCGACAGUGACAAAAAAAUACAAUUUAGCGAUAGUUAUGAAGUAGAUAUCCGUGACUUUUUUACAGACGCCAUUUUUUUCACUGUGACGUAAUUUGUUUAAAAGUUAAAAAUAUGCGAGUGAAUAAUUUUUUUUUUUUUUUUUUUUUUUUUUUAAAUCAAAAUAUAAGACAUCAAUUAAUGAUAGCUAAAUAAGCUAAAUAUGGCAGACAUUUUGAAUAAUAAAUAUAAUUACCUUGUUUUCAUGGCUGGGUUGAAACAAAAACGGUUGUGCGGCGUAUGUAAACAGGGGUUUGCAGGGUAAAACGGACAAAUUAAUCAUAGUUUGGGGGCGUAAUUCGCCAUGAAUCUGCUAUGGCAGCAUAUAGACAUAUUGUUCUAUCAAACACAACAGCUGUUUUGGCAUAAAAUACAACAGUUUCUUUUAAAGAGGAGUGCAAGAGCAGAAACUGCUUUUUCAGUCUUGUCUGUGUUUUCCGCCACAUACAAGAGGAGUGCAAGAGCAGAAAUUGCUUUUUAAGUCAAGGAUAUUGGUGUGUUAAGGGGCACACGCCAAAGUUAAUUUGGCCAGAAUGCAGUCGUUAAUAAAUUAUUAUUUCUGUGCAGCCCGGUAGCAGAUGCACCACGGACCAGUACUGGUCUGCGGCCCGGCGGUUGGGGACCCCUGCUGUGGGGGCAGUGAACUUAACUCUACUGAAACAAGUUUACAUAGUAAGAAAUUCUUUCUUGCUUCUUCAAAAUAGAAAUUCCCAGUUGAAGUUUACUGUAAAACUGAACAUAUGACAAAGAGAAAUUCAUUUGGUGUAUUAAAAAACAACUACACAAGUUUGCCUCCAGCUAACUUAAUACUUAAUGUUAACGUAUAAUGUACCCUUUCCAGCAAGAGAUAUUGAAUUCUUUACAUUCUGAUUUUCUUAUCAAAAAACACAUUUAGAUUUUUGGUCAUUUUGUGAGAUUCAUUGCAAUGGGAAAAGAUAAUUUGAGAUAAUGUUUAGCGUGGUCAUGGAACGAAUUAAACUAACUUGUGAACGGACUGCUGCAUGUCUAUUUCACGAUUUGAAGUCUCUAUACCAAUACUUUUUGACUUGUUUGACUCUCCUGCUGGGGGGUUAAGUGAUUUCUUUUCUUCAACACAUCAGGGAAAGGCAGUUGUCUUUCUUUUGAGUUCCCUGCCUCUGUUAUUCCGUCCAUUCUAUCUCCCCAGCCUUCUUGUCGUCUCCGCUUUUUUCAACUCCCUAGAAUGAAAGGAUUAGCGUCCAGCCGCGUUCCUGACGGAGACGAAAAGGAAUAUGACUCACAAUGACAUUAAAGAAAGGCUUAAUUAUUUUUGAAUGUCAUUAAGGGGAUAAAAAGGGUUUAGAAAUCUUAAUGGGAAGGUCAAGAAAAAGGGGAAGGCAAAACACUGGAUGAGACCAAAAAAAAACAGCUCUUUGAAUGCUACAACACACACACACGCAAACAUUCACUCAUAUGUAAACAUGUUGACAAAACGAGUAUACAUAUCUCUGAAUUCCUUAUUUGUAUAAAAAAAAGUGACAGAUGCGUAAAUUAAACUUUUAAGAGAGAACAAACUGUUUACUAUUGCAUUAUGAAACUAUACUAUACUAACAGAAUAUUAGCCUAUAGAGGCGCAAAGCCGAACAAACUACUGUCCAGUGAUCUUUAAAGAAAAAAAAAGAAAAAAACAAACAAAAAAAUGUCUUUAUCAGAAACCUACUAAGGUGUAUUAGGGUCGCACUGAAAAGAUAAAAAUAUAUAAUGUUACAGUACUAGAAAGUCACAAUGAGUUUGUUAUUUAAUCUGAAAUAAUGUGUUCCGUAAUUUUUGGACUAUAAGGCACACUUGACUAUAUACCACACCCACCAAAUUUAACAGAUUAACAUAUAUACAGUCAUGUGAAAAAACACCCCAUAAAAUAUUCAGUUCUUUAUUAAGAAAUGUUCACAUUUCAACAUCUGAUCUUGUUUUUCUGUAUCACUGGAAAAGAAAAUGAUUUAAUUGCAGGUAAACAACAAAAACAACAUUGUUAUACUCAUUAAACCAAAUAUAUCAAAAAAUGCAUUAACAGUUAGGACACACUACCACCUAAUAGCCAGUCUUACCGCCUUUGGCUGAAAUAACUUCAGUGAGAUCCGUGGUGUUACCAGGAUGCCAGGUGUGGGUGGGCAUUAGUCUUACCUGAGGGGGGGGACUACAAUGCCCAAGUAGGUCGAAAUCCAGCUUAGGGCUACUGCACAUUAAAACAUGUUUUGUUUUCUCCUUGAGAUAACUGUUGUUUUGAUUUGGUCUAAACAAUUAAAAGUUGAUUUGAUUUUAUUUGACUUAGAACACAUCCAUAACUGAACAGUAGAAACAUGCAGGUGACACUUUUUUUUUUUGUUCCGCAGCCACUUUGAGCUCAAUUUGACCCUCUUAGAAUGCUUCAAAAUGCACCAAAAUCGGCAGGCAGGUCAAGACAGGUGCAAUCUUUGAUACAGUGUAAAGACAAAUUCCAAAUACACUAUGUCGUGCCAAGCGCCCCCCCCCCCCCCCCGCAGUCAUUCUUUUUCCCGCAGACGCUUUGAGCCCUACUUAGACCCCCCCCCAAAAUGCUUCAAAACUCAACAGCCAGGUGAACACUGGUGAAAACUUUGAUAAAAUGUAAAAAAAAAAAAAAAAAAAAAAAAAAAAAACAUUCAAAAUAUGUGUAAAUGUGUGUUGCGCCCCCUGGGAACAAAACCAGCAUUUCAUUUCAUUUUCAUUUUUUUUAAGGUGAAAGAGGAGGUAACAACGCAAAGUUAAAACUUAGAACACAUCAGUACUAUAUGAAUGAGAUACCAUACGCGGUGCCCAGACUGCCGUUAGUACUACAUCCUGUUUUCUUUGAGUGGGUAGAGCGUGUCCGUGGGUGGGCGCUGACCACCCCUGCCCCUCCCCGGUAACGCCCCUGAGUGAGAUGCUUUUUGUGGCCAUCUACCAGUCUUUGACAUCGAUCUGAAGAAAGUUUGCCCCACUCCUCAACGCAGGAUACUUUCAACAGUGAGAUGUUUGAGGGGUUUCAGGCAUGUACACACCGUUUCAAGUCACCCCACAGCAUCUCAAUGGGAUUAAGAUCUGGGCUUUGACUCAGCCAUUCCAGGACUCUCCAUUACUUUUCAGCCAGUCUUUGGUGGAUUCACUGGUAUGUUUUGGCUCAUUGUCAUGUUGCAGGGUCCAGUUUCAUUUCAGCUUUAAAUUUUUCACAGGUGAUCUCACAUGUUCCUCAAGCACUCUCUGAUACAUGAUAGAAUUCAUGGUGGAUUCUAUGAUGGUGAGCUGGCCAGGUCCUGCUGUAGCCAAGCAUCCCCAAACCAUGACACUUCCACCUCCAUGCUUCACAGUUGGUAUGAGGUUUUUUUCCUAAAAUACUGUAUUGGGUUUACGCCAAACAUGUCCUCUGUUCUGGUGUCCAAAUAAUUUAAUUUUAGAUUAAUCUGUCCAAAGAACAUUAUUCAAGAAGUCUUGGUCUUUGUCUCCAUUCACUCUGGCAAACUUCAGUCUGGCCUUUCUUGGAGAGUAAAGUUUCUUCCUUGCACACCUCCCAUGAAUGUUAAAUUUGUGUGACUUACUGAUUGUAGAGGCAUGCAGUUUCAUAUCAACAGUAGCGAGAGCCUGCUGUAGGUCCCAUGAUUACAUUUUAGGGUUUUUGGUGACUUCUUUUAGCAUCUUAUGGACUGCUGUUGGCAGUUGUUUUGAAUGUCCUCCACUUGUACACUUUUUUUCGGACAAUGGAAAAGCGGAAUUUAUAUUAUUUUGAGAUCUUUUGAAAUCCUUUACCAGACUCAUAUGUGUCUACAAUCUUCUUUCUGACGGCCUCAGACAGCUCCUUUGAUCUCACCAUGCUGUUUUCUCUCACUUCAACAGUCAGUCACUGUUGAAAGUAUUCUGCAUUGAGUGGGGCAAACUUUCUUCAGACUUAUGUCAAAGACUGGUAGACGGCUUCAAAAAGUGUCUCACUAAAGUUAUUUCAGCCAAAGGGGGUAACACUAGGUAUUAGUUGGUAGGGUGUCCUAACUUUUUCCUCAGUUAGAAUAUACAUUUUUGUUGAUAUAUUUUGUUUAAUGAGUAAAGAAACGUUAAUUUUUCUUGUUUACCUGCAAUUAAAUCACUUUCUUUUCCAGCGAUAAAGAAAAACAUGAUCAGACAUUGAUAUGUGAACAUUUCUUAAUAAAAAAACUGAAUAUUUCACAGGGUGUCCUAAUUUUUUCACAUAAGUGUUAACCACACGGAACUAUAAACUGCAGGCUUGCACAGUGUGUUAUGGGAUAUUUACACCAGCUGACAUGCAGCUCACCAGAUUGUAAAAAUCCAUAAAAUGCAUUGGAUUAUAAACAGCUGGUUUCAAAACGGGGGUAAAGUAGUUGUUUAUAGUAAAAAAAAUACAGUAAUAAUGAUCUUUAGAGAAAAAUAUGGUAACUGCUGGUAUCAGACUGUUACGUAAUAACACGUUCUGUAAUUUUUUUCAUGCUCAGAUAUACAGUUUUUUAUUUUUUUCUAAAUCCUUUUACCAAAAUGUUAGGUAGAGAGCUUUUUAGUUUCGCAAUUGAAAUUUCCUGCCAAAAAAAAAAAAAAAAAGAUUUCCCUCAUAUUGCAUUUUUCCAGUUUCUCCCCCAAAAAGUUUUCCAACAGCAUAAUGGCAUAUUGCAUGGAUUUUUAUGACUGUUUUAUUUAUUUUUUCUUCAUUCGAGUGUGGCCCUAAUACUCCUGUGUAAAAACCAGAGGUCUUAUCGAUUUUUUUUCUAAAUUAAUUAUUCUUGUUUGAAUAUGAUUGUUGUUACUGUUAUUAUUAUUGACGUUGUUAUUAUGAAAAUUGUAAAUGUUAAAAGAAUUGUACACUUCUUAUGCUUUGUUUUUAAUUCUAAUGUAGAACAGUUGCUGUCUUCUUUUUAUCCCAUGACUUUUCCUGCGCUCUUCAAGGUAGUUCUCUUUCUCUCCCUCUUCUUCUCCUGUGCCUAGAUGUUGCCUCUCCUUCUCUUUCAUUGUUAAUUUCGGUGUCCAUGUGUCAUGGUUGAUAUACAGUAUAGCUAUUUCUUUAUAGGGGAAAGCUACAAAGCACGAGAAAAUAAAAAAAGACUCCAUAUAUAUAACUGAUCUGUGUGGUGUUCUUUUUUUUUUAUAUUGUAAUUAGCAGGUGCUGUUUUCCAAGCCGAGAAAACGCAACAGGAGACGACGGUGCACGUGAUUGAAUCGAUGGGGAAUUUUCAAGUCGUAUGCGCUCAAGGCUGAAGAUAAAGACGUGGAAGGCGGUGGAGCUUGUCAAUUGCGAGUAAACAAAGCCGACGGAAGCGUGGCGCUGCUAAUGAAUCAUAAAGCUGAUAAAAGAAGGCAAGGAGCAAAAAUAGCUACUGUUAAAUUCGCGCCCGAUCGUUACUCGAUUUUGUCGUCAAGCACUCAACACGUCCAUCUGUACGCAGAGCUAAAUUUGAAAGCGGGCGGAGGUCGCUAGGGUGACGGAUCAAUGGAAGGCCUCCAUGCUGGCCUGUCAUAAAGAAAGAUUGUCAAGCAGCAAUCAAAGUAAUGGACUCGCAAGGCAGCUGGCGACAUGAGUUGACAGCACAACAGCAGACAUGUCUGCAGUUUAUUAUGAUGUUAUUUGAAGGUAGCCAAUCCUAUCAGGACUAGCGUGAUGGAUAGCUAAUAAAAGGUCUGAUAUGGCCCCUUUAUUUGUCUUCAAGCCUCAAGUGUCCUUCAUCUAUUUCCCAGUGGG